UGCAAAAAAUCCUGCUGAUCCAUUGGAGGUGACCACUCCUAACAUUUUCUCAGGUGUGUUAUAUGUACCUAUGUAGCUAACAAAGUGACUGUUGAGGAGCAGCUGGAACCAGAGCUCUGGUGGUGAGUUCAGGUGCAGCAGAAACCUGUAGGACAGCAAAGGUCAGUUGAAGCACGUUGUGAACAAGAACAUGGUCAAACAGUGAUUGGAGAGCCUCUUCUGCUGAUUGGACAAUUAGAGACAAGGAGACACACAUUUGAGGAAGGGUACUAUAACACACACACACACAUGCACACAUGCACACACACACACACACACACACACACAGACAGAGGAGGGGGGGUCGGGGAUAUGGUCAUUCACCCGUCAGUCAGUUUGCAGCAGGUCUGGCCAUGGCAGCAAACCUCCUCAUGGCUUUUUGGAUCACUGCAUCCUUUUCCCUGUAUUUCUCGUUGGGAGUAAAUGGCUGGCAUGAUCUGGACAACACAGAGUUCGAUUGUUGGCCGCUCAACAGUCCAAAUGAUUACAACAUGAUUAGUUGUGGUGGUCUGGAAAUGGCGUGGGUGCAUCGACCCCCGGAGAAAGUUACCAACGGGGAGGAGUUCAAUGUCACAUAUACAGUGACGGCGUCAGAUUCCUUCUACGAGUAUGCAGUCAGGAACAAGAUCUUCCAGUUUAGCGCCGCCUCCGAGGCAAAGAGGUUCUGUCAUGAGCACGAGUGCCCGUCAAACUGGAACAACGCUAACGAAAUGAACUGCUGUGUGUAUCACGCCAACAUCCACUCCUGUCCCCUCGGCCUCAUGAAACAAGGCGGAAUUUGUGGCCCGUGGAUUCCUGACGAUGGUAAAAUAGUGACUCACACUGUUUCCAAAGCAGGCAAGAUGGCACAGAAAUUCUGGACUUCAAAGGUGGUGCUGAUCCAUGUGGGAGUCACCUCGAUCAUUGCUCAUAUCAAAAUAGGACGGAUGCACGCAGCACUGGAGUCCAAAGUACUUGUCGUCAGUGCCCAAGUGUGCGGCGAUGACGUGUGUGAGCUGGAGGAGAACUGUCUCACCUGUCCUGCAGACUGUGGCAUCUGUCCAAUGUCCAUCACUAUCAAAAUAGCCAUCGGACUUCCUGUCGCCCUCUUCAGCAGCGGCUUCAUCCUCACCAUGGUGUGGCUUCAGUACCAGAAACAGAAGAUGUUUUGGGAUGAAAGCUGGAUCAUCAGCUACAAGAACAUAAUAUUUGGUAGAGAAUGCUGGAUGGGCAUGGGCAGCACCAUCAGCCAACAGUGUGCCAAGAGUCAGUCCACCAUCAGUCGAACCACAGACGUCACUGUGUGCACUGGACUCAGCAACUCCUUCAAACCGGGAUUCAUCCAGCCAGGCAUAUAUGAUGGGAGGACGGUGGCAGUGAAACACAUCCAGAAGAAACAUUUCACUCUGUCCAAAAUUAUCAGGAAGGAGGUGAAAGAAGUCAGACAACUGGACCAUCCCAAUCUAUGCAAGUUCAUUGGUGGCUCCAUCGAGGUGCCGUACGUGUGCAUCAUCACAGAGUAUUGUCCCAAAGGAAGCCUGUCUGAUGUCCUGCUCAAUGAUGACGUCCCCAUCAACUGGGGCUUCAGACUUUCCUUUGCCACUGACGUCGCCCGCGGGAUGUCUUACCUCCACCAGCACAGGACGUUUCAUGGGAGGCUUCACACCAGGAACUGCAUCAUUGACGACCGCUGGGUGUGCAAAAUCUCAGAUUUCGGGCUCAUAGCCUACAGGAAAGAGGACUUUGAGGCCUUCAACGGUGGCUUCAACUGUGUGGAUAUAAAUCGUAUUUACUGUGCUCCAGAGGUACUGCUGGGAAGCGGCUCCAGUAUGACACCAGCAGCAGACAUCUACAGCUACUCAAUGAUUCUGGUUGAGAUUGCAACUCGCUCUGACCUCAUUUCAGAGCAGGCUGAGGGAGUGAAGAUGGACAUCAUGUGGCGCCCCCCUCUGCCUGAGGUCAAAGCAGGGAAGGCAGAUACCGACUGUCCCAGUGAAGUCCACUACUGUGAGCUCAUUAAGAAGUGCUGGUCCCACAACGUCACCAUGAGGCCCACGUUUGAGCAGGUGAAAAAGAUGCUCGACAAGAUGAACCCACAUAAAGUCAGUCCAGUGGACAUGAUGAUGAACCUGAUGGAGAAGUACAGCAAACAUCUGGAGGCCAUCGUGGCAGAGAGAACACAGGACCUUCUUCAAGAGAAACAGAAGACGGAUCGAUUGUUGUACAGUAUGCUGCCCAAGCCCGUUGCUGAUGACCUCCGUCAAGGUCGAACAACAGAAGCUCAGAGCUUCUCCAACGCCACUGUCUACUUCAGUGAUAUUGUUGGAUUUACUCAGCUGUCUGGUGCCAGCACCCCCCACCAGGUAGUGGACUUCCUUAACCAGCUCUACACCACCUUUGAUGACAUUAUUGACAAUUACGACGUCUACAAAGUGGAGACGAUCGGCGAUGCUUACAUGGUGGUCUCUGGGGUCCCUCAAGAAAAUGGCAUCAAUCAUGCUGGAGAGAUAGCCAGCAUGGCCCUGGAUCUCGUCAGCGUCUGCCACAAUUUCAAGAUCCCCCACAAGCCCAACACACAGUUAAAGAUCCGUGCUGGCAUCCACUCAGGACCUGUUGUGGCUGGUGUUGUUGGCACCAAAAUGCCACGUUACUGCCUCUUUGGAGACACUGUCAACACAGCGUCACGGAUGGAAUCAACCAGUGAAGCUCUGAAGAUCCAGGUGAGUGGUGCCACAGCAGACCUGCUUCACACACUCAGAGGUUACGUACUGACCUGCAGAGGAACACUUAACGUGAAGGGAAAGGGGGACAUGACAACUUGGUGGCUCGAGGCAAAGAGAGACAAUCACACAGACCCACUGCUCAGAUCGUCUGAAUCUGGAGGAGUCCCAGUACCAGUCAGUAACUGAACCUGGAGAUAGACCCAUGGAAGGACAGUGUGUAAAAUGUAGUGACAUUCAAUGGAGAAGUUGCAUGUUGCAGCUGAAUAUCCGUCAUCCGUAGAGUAAUGUAAAACAACUGUUCAUACAAUUCACAAAUUAAGUAUUUUAUCUUCAAUUUCUGCCAAAUAAAAAUAAUUUCCCCAAGAUUUUACACACUGGACCUUUAAAUGUGAUGAGAAAAAUGUGUAUGAAAUGUAGAUAAGUGUACGUAGAUAUUUAAAUUGACCAGUUGAUGGAAUAGUGCUUGUGACUGUGUUCAUUAUCAUAGUGGUGUUCAUUAUAGUUCUAUCUCUAUGAGCAGGAGUCACAAUGAAAAGCAAACCAUACUACUACUACUACUACUACUACUAAUACUAAUAAUAAUAAUAAUAAUGA